AACAAUGAAGAGCAAUAGAACUUCUCUUCUUGUGAAACAGCAAGAAAGUUUAGCUAAUCUCUUCAAAACUGUGUGUUAUCCCGAUGUGGGUUGCUUCUAUACUGGACCACCUUUCUUUCAAAUUCCUUUUCGGCCAAUCAGUCCACCACCUUCAAACCAAGAGGGUAUUGAAACCACUUUCUUACUCUACACUCGCAAGAACAGACGCAAUCCUGUGGUGUUCACUCCCCUGAAACUUGAACCAAUUUUAAAGUCUCAUUUUAAUUCGUCACUAUGGACGAGGCUAAUAGUGCAUGGAUUUUUAGAUGGAACAUACACGAUGUCAUGGAACUUAGAUUUAAAGGAUCAGUUUUUAUUGUCUGCUGAUGAGAAUGUUAUAGUUGUCGAUACCAGCUCUCUAUCCCUUCUUCUAGUUCCUAGAAUCAUAUAUCCCCAGACAGUAGCAGAUUCGAGGGCUGUAGGAGUCCAAGUCGCACAGCUUAUUACAUUUCUACACGAAAAUUUAGGUGUCGACAUGGGGAAGAUCCACAUUAUUGGUCACAGUUUAGGAGCUCAUAUAGGCGGCUACGCAGGAGAGAGAUUGCCAAAAUUAGGUAGAAUUACUGGACUCGAUCCUGCAGGACCUUGGUAUCGAAAAGUACCAAAAAAUGUUGAAUUAGAUGACACAGAUGCAACAUUCGUUGAUGUAAUACAUUCCAAUCCAGCUCCAUUUGUACUAUUUGGAUUUGGCACUGACGAAGACAGAGGGCACAUAAAUUUUUGGCCUUCAGGUGGAAUACAACGAGGGUACUUCUUAACACUUCUAAGAGUGUUUUCCAAUGGAAUCUUUCCAACUGAAUCCUUUGCAAACCCAGUCAACUGGGCACACGUGAGAGCUACUGAAUUCUUUCUUUAUUCCUUCAAUCAAAGUAACUGUCUGCCUGUUGGCGUGGAAUGCACAAGUUGGAGUGACUUCCUACAGGGGCAAUGCAAUUGUGGCCUUAAUGGAGAAAGAUGUUCCUUUAUGGGAAUGUUUGCCACUUUAAAACCACCUCCAAAACGGAGAUAUUAUCUGCAAGUUGCACGUGAGAGGCCGUAUUGCCUACAUCAAUAUCAAAUUGUAGUAUAUCUUCAAAAUGCCAGAAAUGUAACGAAGUCUGUUAGAGCGUUGAUACAUACUAUUAUUUUGGGAGAAAAUCAGCUAUUACAGAAAGAUCUGCCUUUAAACAUUGAUUUAUCGAUACCAAGGCAGACCAACACUUUUUUCGCCACUUCUCUUCAGAGACUGGGAAGAAUUCGUUCAGUCGAAGUUGAUUCAAUCGAAGAUAUAGUAAUUUCAAGCAAAGCUUUCAUAGAAGCAGUAGAAGUUAAUUAUCUCUUUCCUGAGCCCAGAAGAGAUUCAGAAGUCAAAUUUUGUCCAUCUUCUCCAACGCAACAGGGAAAACUUCAGGUUUUUUCAUCAGAUUAUUGUGGUCUUUUUAAAACCGUCUGUUAUCCUGAUGUCGGUUGCUUUUACACUGGCCCACCCUUUUUCCAAAUUCCAUACCGUCCCAUCAACCGGGCACCAUCCCCUCCAGAAAUGAUCAGGGCCACCUUCUUACAUUUCACACGUAAGAAUAAGCACAAUCCAAUGGUAAUUGCUCCCGAGAAGCCCGCAUUUGUUUUUAAGUCACACCUGAAUCCAGAGGCGUGGACUAGGAUUAUUAUACAUGGUUACCUGGAUGGAUCAUACUCGGUGACCUGGAUGUUUGAUCACAUACGCGGAGCUGACCAAGUUCAAGUGGGAGCAGCUAGACCAUCCGCCGUACAGUUCGGACAUGUCGCUCUGCAAUUUUCAUGUGUUUGGUCCCCUGAAAAACAUCUAAAAAGGAAACGCUUCAACUUGGACGGCGAACUCAAGGAUGCUGAUUUAAAAGAUGAAUUUUUGCGUUCAGCUGAUGAUAAUGUGAUAGUUGUAGACUCCAGCUCUCUCUCUCUUUUUCUACUUUAUCGAGUUUCAUACAUCCAAGCUUCCACAGACACAAGAGUAAUUGGAGCUCAAGUAGCAAACCUCAUCACGUUUCUUCAUAAAAAUUUAGGAGUUGAUUUGAAGAAAGUACAUAUUGUCGGUCACAGUUUAGGAACAGAAGUUGCUGGCUAUGCAGGAGAAAGAUUAUCAAAUUUAGGAAGAAUAACUGCUCUAGAGCCAGCUGGUCCUUUAUUCCGAUACACAGAUAGAAAAGUCCAAAUUGAUGAUUCGGAUGCUACAUUCAUGGAUGCUAUUCAUACGGAUGCGGGGCCUAUAACCCUAUUAGUGAUGCAUGUCAUCUUUUGCAAGCAUCAAAAAGUAGUGGACAUGUUUAUGCAUUCUUUCAAUCAAAGCAACUGCAUGUUUGUUGGCGUCGAAUGCACAAGCUGGAAGGAUUUUUUACAAGGGAAAUGCAACUGCGGAGAUAAUGGAGAAAGAUGUUCUUUCAUGGGUGCUUUUGCUACUCCUCAACCACCCCCGAGGCGGAGGUAUUAUUUACAAGUGACACUAGAUGUACCAUUCUGUCUUCACCAGUAUCAAAUAGUUGUAUAUAUAGAAACAAGGAGUAAUAUCUCCAAGUCUUUGACAACUUCUAUACACGUAACUGCCUUUGGAGAAUACCAUCUAUUGCAGGAAAAGAUGUCUUUAAACGUUGAUUUAUCCGCAUCGAAGCAGAUCAACACAUUUCUAGUCUUUUCUUAUCAACCAGUGGGGAGGAUUCAUUCUGUUGAAGUUUCUGUUCCUGAAGGUAAUGAAAGAGCAACGAUAGCCUUGGAAGCCAUAGAAAUCAAUUACCUAUAUCCAAUGUAA